AUGAGCGACAUUGAAUUCGACGCAGUGGCCGCUCUGCCUGUAGACAAGGCCAGCAUGGACCGAGUGAUUGCCAACUUCUCCAAGACCCUCCAGCUCGAGUUCAACAGCACGGAAAACAAGGACUUUGAGAUCAUCAACACCAUGCGAUGGGACCCUGCUCUGGACGUUUCUACUGUGGACGACCAGCUCAACGGCCGCUCGGCUGAGCCGUGGUACUUUGCAGACAUGUCUGAAUCCGAGCGAAAUGCCUUCAACUCCAAAUGCAGCCCGAUCUGGCUGUUUCAUAACCACAUGGAGCGACUGAAGGUGUCGGUGGCCUUCUUCGGCUGGAAUGUCCAGGUAGAUCCCCAUGCGAUACUGCACAAUAUUCUCAAAGCCAUUGACAGCUCCGAGGUGGAGAUCGAUGGUAAGAAACGGCCUGCCAAACAGUACCCACUCAAAAUCAGAGCCUUACUGGGUUCCUCGGGCAACAUGAAAAUUGAGACGUCCAAGGUGGGCCCCAAGCCGGACCUGCUGGAGUUUGAAAAGAUUGCAAACAGUGAGCCGACAUACGACGUCUAUGUGGCCAAAGAGCCCAUCUCAGUGGGUCCUUUCACGUGCUUCAAGACCACAAAGAGACAACAAUACAAUGACGCACGAGCAGCGUACAUCACCAGGCCCAUGGUCGAGGAGGUGCUGUUUGUGAACGACAAUGGCCACGUGACAGAGGGAUCCAUCACCAACAUUGCGGUUCAGGUCAAUGAAAUGUGGACCACUCCGAAGGUGACGUCUGGGUGUCUGAUGGGAGUUACUCGACGUCACUUGAUCGAUUCGAACAAGAUUUUCGAGGGCUUCUUGACCCGCGACGAUCUACAGGAGGGCCAAGAAGUGCUCAUCUUCAAUGCUGUUCAGGGUGUCUCCAAGGGUGUCGUCAAGCUCAAGUAG